AUGGAAAUUAACUCAGACAGAACCCUUGAUGUAAAUGCAAGCAAAGGCAUAGAAGAGGGUGAAUAUAAUGCUGGCAAAUCAUUGUUGGGAAACAAAAAUGCUACAGGUUCAUCUGCAUUCAUCCUGGUGGGUUUUGCAGAGGCUCACAAAUUUCAUUCCUUAAUUUUUGCAGUGUUGAUGUCUUUAUACAUACUCACCAUAAUGACAAAUAUGCUGAUUAUCCUGAUCCUAAAAUCGGAUGCUAUCUUUAACUCUCCUAUGUACUUCUUUCUGAUGCACUUGGCUGGCUUAGAGGCCUUCUACAUGACUGUUAUCAUCCCCAAAUUAUUGGAGAACUUAAUGGUGGAGACUACAUUCAUUUCCUAUAUAGGGUGUGCCUUGCAGAUGUUCUUCUUCCUAUUUUUUGGAGUAGCUGAAAGUUUCCUCAUGGCUACAAUGGCAAUUGAUAGAUAUGUUGCAAUAUGCCACCCAUUGCGCUACAGAACAAUUAUGAGUAAAAAUGUCUGCCUGGUGAUGGUGGCUGGUCCAUACCUAUGUGGGACUGCAGUUGGACUGAUCCACACCAUUGUCACAUUUUCUGGAAAAUUCUGCAGCUCUGUCAUCAAUCACUUCUUCUGUGAAGUACAGCCAUUGUUGGAACUACUCUGUGGAGACACUUAUUCAAAUGAAGUCCUAAUAAUGGGAGUAGCUAUCUUUGCUAUCACACUACCAUUCUCGCUGAUUAUCCUAUCUUACAUUGGCAUUAUAUCCACCAUAUGUGGGCUACCAUCCUCAGAGAGCAAGUAUAAAGCCUUCUCCACCUGUUCCUCACAUUUGAUCGUGGUAAUUCUCUUCUAUGGCACAUGUAGUGCCGCAUACUUAAGACCCAAAUCUAGCUACUCUCCUUCAUUGGACAAGAUCUUGUCAUUUUCUUAUAGCAUUGUAACUCCGCUAUUAAAUCCAAUCAUCUACAGUAUAAGAAAUAAAGAAAUCAAAGGUGCUGUGCAAAAGCUUUGGAGGAAAAUGAUGUCACAGUGA